UCCUCGCAGGCUAUUUCGUUGUGGCGGCUAUCCUCUCGGUCUUCUAUGAUUACCUUUUUGCUGUUAAAUUUAUAGGUAAUAAGAAAAUUUCAUCUCGGCCUUCUGGGUGACGUUAGUCUGCCGUCUCAAUGAUCGCCACCAUGCUUAGUCUGCCGCUCUCCCUCCCUCUCCCUCUCUUUCUACGGGAUUGUUAACCUUACAGCCGUUACAGUUCGAUUUCGGCAGCCCCUGGCAGAGAGAGCAAAUGUUCAGAUCAAGCUUUGGAUUGCAAACCAUAACCAAGCUUAUCAAAAACGCCAUAAAUUGCAGAUUCUCGAGUGACCCAUAUGUCAGGGCCGUCCAUUCUUCCCGUGUCUGGCACAUCUCCUCCAAGGACGAAGAAGGGUAUUCGGUACAUAAGGAUCCCACGAGGCCGCCAAAGCUCUUUGUGGUUCAACCUCGUCUGAGGCCGGACACCCUAUUCAAGGCCAAGCUAGAUGAAGCGUUAAACCUCGCCAAUUCCCUUGAAGAACAGAGAGAUGGCGUCUUUUCUGUCGAGUUUGGCGAGAAGCAGGCGCCCCCUCAUCUCGUUGUUCAGAACCCUGCUGCUAGAUCACUCAAGGCACACGCAGAUACAUAUUUCGGACCUGGCACUGUUGAAACUGUGAAAUAUCACGUCAAUGCUCUUGACUCGGAGGCAAAUUUAGAUGCAAUUUUUGUCAACUCAAUUCUUUCUGGUGUUCAGCAGCGUAAUUUGGAGCGGGAAUGGGGGAGGCCUGUUUUGGAUCGUGUGGGCCUUAUAAUAGAGAUAUUCAAUGCUCAUGCUCAGACAAAAGAAGCAAAACUUCAGUCAGAGUUGGCAGCACUAAUGUACAAGAGAACCAGGCUUGUUCGUGUAAGGGGUCCUGGAGGGCGUUUAACAUUUGGAGCAGAUGGUGAAGCUGAGGUUGUUAGUGCUCGUGGGAGGGCAAGUGGUGGACGUGGCUUCAUCAGUGGUGCUGGUGAGACAGAGCUGCAGCUUCAGCGUAGGAGAAUCCUUGAGCGAAGGAAUCAUCUUUUGUCUCAGAUUGAAGAAGUGCGUCGCACAAGGGCUUUGCAACGUGCUGCACGCAAAAGGCGUGGUGGUUCACAAGGCCAAGGUCUAUCUACAGUUGCAGUAGUUGGGUAUACUAAUGCUGGAAAAUCAACUCUGGUUAGUGCCUUAUCAGAAACUGACCUAUAUAGGGAUGAUAGAUUAUUUGCAACUGUAGAUCCACAUUUGAGAAGCGUAAUUUUGCCUUCAGGAAGAAAAGUCCUUCUUAGUGAUACUGUUGGGUUUAUUUCUGAUUUACCAGUUCAGCUAAUUGAAGCUUUUCAUGCGACAUUAGAAGAAGUUGUUGAAGCGGAUCUUCUAGUGCAUGUGUUAGACUCUAGUGCCUUCAACUUGGAAGAACAACGAUCAACAGUUCUGCAAGUACUGCAGCAAAUUGGGGUUUCUGAGGAAAAACUGCAAAAUAUGAUUGAAGUUUGGAACAAGAUAGAUGUGCUUGAAAAGAAAGAAGAUGCUUCUGAACUUGAAGACAGUGGUGGUCCUGGUGGAGCUGGAGAGAAUUCUGAGUCUCCUGAAAAGAAUAAGGACAACCUAGCCUUAGAGAGGUCAACAAAUCAUUGUGAUGAGGAUGAAGCAAGAUGUGAUCUUCAAGAAGAUACAGAUGAGAGUGAUCUGGAGCCUGAGGCGCCAUGUAAACCUACUACUGAUCAUCAAGCUACUGAUUACCAGCCUCCUCUGCUUCAAUGUGUGAAAACAUCUGCCAUACUUGGAGUUGGGCUGCAAGAGCUUUUAAAGCUUAUUGAUGAUAAGCUUAGAAUUCAUCCAUCACCAGAAAGAAGCUUUGACCGCAAAUGGAGGCCACCCGCAAAAGAAGGAAAUUCUCAAAUGGAAGAAAGCCAGUACCUGCAGUAGAUGUUUUUUUCCAUUAACAUUACAGCCAUUCAAAGCCCUCCACACAAGUAAUCUGCUUGUGUCUGGUGACCAACCCAGAGGAAUUUGUAGAAGGGAUUUUGCAUUAAUGUAUACUAAUCAGGCAGGUAAGACUUGUGGGCCAACUGUCUUGAGGAAUCUCUCAAGUUGGGCUAUGAGUUCACUGGUUCUCUGGCUCACUUUUCCAUCCCGGAAUUAUUCUUGGCGGUUCUUGUUAUCUGACUUGAAUGGAACGUAUGAAGAAACCUACGAAAUUGUGUUGUGUAAUUGAGAGGAAUUCUCGAGCGUACUUGUAAUUCUUGCAAUGAACGGCUGCUAGGGGAGAGGCGCCCCCCCACCCCCCAACACCCAAUUCUGUAAUUCUUGUCAUUUGUAAUUAUUAUUGGUGGAAUUGUUAAACAAUUCUAUUUUGUUCU